AUGGCGUUUGCGGCGCGUGAGAUGGUGGUGAGGUUGCUGGUUGACGGCGCACGGCUUUCAGUGUGGAUGAUGCUCCGCAAGGCUGCGACUGCGGUCGACCAUAAAGCCCGCACCGCACGGUCGCGGUACGCCGUCCCGGCAGCGUGGACUGCUCUUGCCGAUGCGGUCUACGCGGCGUCGUCGGUCGUCGGCGACGAUGACGAUUCAAGCGGUGGCGCUCUAGAAUGCGUGAUCGAAGAGGGCCUGCUCCGCGGCCUGCUGCCGGACUGGAUUGAGGCUCUCGGAAGCAGUGAGCUCGGCGUGGCAAGCGCGUGCUUUGGGCCGCGGGCGCCGAUGCGGACGCCCGCGGUGCGGACCGACGCCUCCCGGGCGCUUGAGGCCAUGUGUGCUAUCGAAGGUUUCCGCGAUGCUGCCGGCCGGCUUGGCGCUGACGGAGCACGCGCCGAAGUGCCGCUCCCGCCCCCGCCCGCGCCGCCACUCCCGUCGCCGGUCCACCGGCCUACGCCUGCCGAGCCCAGCCCGCGCCGUACCCGCCGCAAAACCACGACGACACCAGCACGAGAGCAGAUCCAGCAUCACGUAAGUCAGAGCAAGACGCUGCGAAGCUCCCCGGCUCUUCGGUCACCGUUUGCCGUCAAGCGGACCAACAUCGAGCCUGUGCUCGACUCGCCGACCAGAUGGGGGGUGUCCGGACUCCGGUGA